UGUUCUCUUUCCAGGCUCUUCUUCAGAUUAUACUCAAGUGUUUUAGACUCAUUGGUGCUGUGGCUGAGCCCUUCUCUAGAUCCUUGUGCACAUAAUUCAUCUACAGCAGAGUGUGUUCGUAUUGUUAUGCCAUUGCAUACAUAUUUCUGUCUAUAGUGUGCCGUCUAGGGUUAUAAUGACAUUGAAACGUUUUGAACCAAAACAUGUGGUUUUCUAGCCUGUCUGCAUUCAGUGUAAUGGUGGUGAGAAGUGAAGAGGCCGAUAAUGGAAUACGAGUGUUUGAUUCUAACAGCAAUCCUGUUGGAGUCUCAAAGGCAGCUGGUUCUAAGGCCAUAAAAGAAACAGCCCUCUCAAGAGCGACUCUCUUUGGCACCAUUGCAGCUUUUCCACCUUUACUGCUGGCUCUCCUUAAAAGGGUAACAUUGGUCCAGAGGAACCCAAUGAUAAUCGCUCCUGUUCAGCACAUCAGUACUGCCAUUAUCUUUGUCCUGAUGAUUCCUGUAUCCUUCAGUCUUUUUCCACAGUUUGGCAAGAACACCUGA